UAAAGCUUUUAGCUGGAUACAGGGAUUUUCUGGCUGAAUUACAUGGAAGCAGGCAGAUAACCUGAAUGUUGCAGGGAGAAAAAAAAAUCAUGGAUUUAGCAUUUAAUAAUAAGUAGAAAAAUAACGGUGCUUUUCCGUUGAACUUAUUUUGUAUUUCAAGGCUGCUCUCUGUCCAAACAACGGCGUGUUUCUCCUUCGGACGACUGGACUUUUGCUUCAGUGGGGAGGAAGCUAGCUAGCUGUCAAGUAGUUAGCUCACUAGCUAGCUAGCGGCCACAUCAGCACCGCUGAGAUUAGCCAGCCGCGUUAGCAUCAAUGGUUUGGUGCUAUCUUGCAGAGAUUAAAUGAUGGCAGACAGUAUCAUGAGCAAGGCUGCUACCAUGGAGAUCCCCAUUAACAGCAAUGGAGACACAGGGACUCUGCCAGAGGAUGACAGCCUGGAGCAGGAUUUGCAGCAGGUGAUGGUGUCUGGACCCAACCUGAAUGAAACCAGCAUUGUCUCAGGAGGUUAUGGAGGACCUGCAGGGGGCAUCAUUCCCACCAGCACCAUCAAAGGGCCGGCAGUUCGCUUCAACCCUGAGUAUCUGGACAGAAGACGAGCCCCUGCACCCGGACCAGACAUUCGCAUGAAAUCCAGGGGUGUUGGCUUGCCUAACAGCCAGUCUACAGCCAGUCGACUUGCCCAACACCCAGACCAGCAUCCAGGGUCGCCAAACAAUAACACUGGUAAUUCCACUGAGGAAGUUUCUCGUGGUGUGGCAGUGGAGAAAUUGGACAGUGUGAAGAAAUGGGGCAUAAACACAUAUAAGUGUACAAAGCAGAUGUUCUCCGAGAGGUUUGGCCGAGGUUCACGGACAGUAGACCUGGAACUGGAAGCCCAGAUUGACGUGUUGAGAGAGACCAAGAACAAGUAUGAACACAUCCUAAGACUGGCCACUGCACUCACCAGCCAUUUUCAAAGCAUGGUGCAGACACAACAGGCUUUAGGAGACACCUUCACUGACCUCAGCCAGAAGUCCCCAGAGUUGCAGGACGAGUUUGGGUAUAACGCAGAAACACAAAAGCUGUUGUGUAAGAAUGGCGAGGCUCUGCUUGGUGCCAUCAGUUUCUUUGUGUCCAGUAUCGACACCCUGGUCAACAAAACAAUGGAGGAUACUCUGUUGACUAUUAAGCUAUAUGAAAACGCAAGACUUGAGUUUGAUGCCUAUCGGUCUGAUCUGGAAGAGUUGAGUUUGGGCCCUCGGGAUGCAGCUACCAUGGUCCGCAUUGAGAUGGCUCAGCAUGAUUACCAGAUCCACAGAGACAAAUAUGAAAGGCUGCGUAGCGACGUCACCAUCAAGCUCAAAUUCCUGGAGGAAAACAAGGUGAAGGUUAUGCACAAGCAGCUGCUUCUCUUCCACAAUGCUAUCUCAGCUUACUUUGCUGGCAACCAGGAGCAGUUGGAACAAACUCUAAUACAGUUCAAUGUUAAGUUAAAGCCCCCGGGAUCAGACAAGCCAUCCUGGCUGGAGGAGCAGUAAAGAGCAUCUGUUUGAGAUGUACAGGGACACGCUGGUCACUGGAGAACUCGGCAUUGUGCUUAGAUGGACAGAUGGAAAUGUAUAAAAAAAGAGUAUAUUGUAGGAUCAAGUGCGACCAGUGAUAAAGAAAACCAUGAGAUCAUUUUUUGUAAUGUUUUUCAGUUUUACGUAUUGCAUAGACGGUACAACAGUUUCAUUAUAUUCUUGUUAAUUGACAAAAUGACCUUUUGUUACUUUCUUGUUCUUUAGGUAGCACAAUCAUUUACAUGAAUAUCACUUAUUAUUUAUGUACAGUAUAGUCUACUAUUGUGGAGACACCCCUCUGCAGUUUUGCACAUGCAUUAUUUAGUUGUUUAUGAAUGUUGUCUAAAGCUAUAUAUAUAUAUAUAUAUAUAUAUAUAUAUAUAUAUAUAUAUAUAUAAAGCGAUAUAUCAAAUUGGAGGAAUUCCACAAAUCCAAUCAGCAAUUAGUGGGAUGAUAUUAAAACAUGUCAUGAAAUAUCCUCUGAAAUUGUAUUUAUUAUUUCUCUUGGCUAUACACAACUGAAAAAAUUUAGAUUCAGAAUUAAUUCAAAUACAUCAGGAUAUAGCAUACUUUUCUACGUUAUCCCACUUUCUUCUAAUAUGACCUUGUGGUAUUCUUGCCUGAAUGGUCAGUUUACAUUUCAGUCAUUUUUAUUUAACCUAGUAUACAAUCCAUAAUUAGUUUUGCUCUCCUACAUUUUAAGUACCUUCAGUUAUGUUCUUGUGAAUCCAGCACAGUUAUCAGUAUCUGUCUUGUUUACACAUGGAAACAAGUCUGAAAACAGAUGUUACACUCCAUAUAUUGUAUGCUUUGAUGAUAAAUGCAACCAUGUCAACUAUCCUAAAUGAAUCAAAAUGCAACACACAGCCAGUAAUUUGUUGACUAUGUUUUAAUAUGAGGUGCCAGUGCGCAUACAAAAACACGCUGUUGGGUCUAAAUUUUUUAAACGGCCAUGGAAACACCGGAUACAUAUAACACAUGAACUCUCGGUUAAAAUACACAUUUCAGCGUCAGAAUGUAUGAGUACAUUUUUACAUAUUUAUUUACUGUAUCUAUCUGCUUGUGACAUAAUACUGUAUACAUUUCUUUUAAUUUCAGUAGUCAGGCGAUUGUCUUUGUCUUGUUCUGUAUUUCCAAUAAAAUGUGCUGGAUGUUUUGUUUCACUUAA